GAGAGCGAGCGAGAGCGAGAGAGAGAGAGAGAGCGCGCGAGCGGGAGAGCUGGACAUAAGGCUGAGCGAAGGGGGCACGAUCAUCACAAACACAGGCGCGCGCACGCCCCGCGCUCCAGAAGAGGACAGCGAGCCGGGCUGAGAGGUCUGUUCCCCAGAAGAAGAUAACGGCUCACCUGCUGCUCCUGCACGCGAGCUCACGUGGACAGUUGCGCAGACAUGGGCAGACGCCGCGCUGACCCCAUUAAGUCAACAGCCUGAGCGGAAAAGGCUGACGCUUCCCUCCAUCCUGAAACGCUUGACCCUCCUGCGCUCGCUUCUUCACAUUAAGAAGCAGUGAUGAAUACUGAGACUCUCCAGCGCCAAUGAACUCAGCUGACACCCACUCGAAAAGCAGGUUUAAUUAAAGCCUCUGCUAAGUUCACUCGUAAGAAAUAAGUGUUGAACUCAACUGAUUAACCUGGACACUUUAUCGCAGAGCUGUCGCAAAGUGCAAGGAGAAAAAACAAACUCAGACUUGACACCUGAAACAGAUCAUAUAGUUUCUGUAAUACAUUCUGCUGUAUUACUAUCAUCAUAGCAAAGCAAUGAGUGAGGAUGAACUGUGGUACCUGUAAACAAAGGACUUUUAAGAGAUCAACGUUUGUUUCCGAUGUUUCUGCAACUGUUUUUUGACUUCCAUUCGGGAAGCCAUCCGUACAAUGUGGGUAUGUACAGGAGAGCAUAGCGUCACACGGUUUUGGUUGAAGAACAAGGCAGAAAGUUUGACUGUUUCCAGCUACUUUGGUAGUUCUCAAGCUUGAAGAUGAAGUGCCUGAAGUGGAGGAAGACACGUGCCCUGGGCGUGCUCGUCUGCAUCAUUUCCUUCUCCACAUUUCUCUUCAGCUGCACCCUCCCCGAUCCCUCUUUCUUCUUUGGGCGGUCCCUGGCCAUCCCAGCGGGACCUUGCGCCUGCCGUAGCUGCAUCACGGAGCCAGAAGACGACACCUGGUUCAGCGACAAACUCAACCAUUCUGUCCAACCGCUGCUGUCCAGGACAAACGCUGAGAUCACUGAUGACACCUACAGAUGGUGGCAGUGGCUGCAGUCAGAGACUAACCCAGCCAACCUGAGCAUGGUGCUGGACAAGCUGUUCACCGUGAUUCCGGGUGAGGACCGUUAUCAGGACUCUGGGCCGAGCCGCUGCAGGACUUGCUCUGUGGUCGGAAAUUCCGGAAAUCUCCUCUCAUCCGGUUACGGACCUCUCAUCGACGCAGGGGAUUUCGUCAUCCGAAUAAACCAGGCUGUGACGCAGGGCUUCGAGCAGGACGUUGGCUACAGGACCACUCACCAUGUGAUGUAUCCGGAGAGCGCCAUUGACCUGCAGAACAACUCCACCAGCCUGCUGCUGGUGCCCUUCAAAACACUGGACCUGGAGUGGGUCAUCAGCGCACUGACCACAGGCAAAAUCACAUAUACAUACAUGCCUGUCAUGUCACGGAUCAAGGCUAACAGGAACAAGGUGUUGGUUUACAGUCCCACCUUUCUGAAGUACGUCCAUGAGACGUGGCUGGACGGUCACGGCAGAUACCCGUCCACCGGUUUCCUGUCACUCAUCUUUGCGGUGCACGUAUGUGACGAGGUGAACGCCUUCGGGUUUGGAGCGGACCCGUCCGGUAGCUGGCAUCAUUACUGGGAGGAGGCCGCGUGGGGCAGAGCUUUCAGACAGACCGGCGUCCACGACGGAGACUACGAGCACAACAUCACGCAGCUGCUGGCCGAGAAAGGAAAGAUCAGACUGUUCAAAGGAGUCUCCAAAGCCCUGGCGUUUCAGUGGGACAAGCAUCUGUAACUGUCCAUCGCAGCAGCGCACUGAGGGGAGAGACGGACCACCCUGAGCUGACGGCCCUGCACUCGUCUGUCCUGCUGGCGUCCGUUUCUCUGUUUUCGUUUGUUUGUUUGUGAUUAUUUCUUCAUUCUUCUGGACUCUGGAGAUGUUUGAAGCACCACAGACGAGGAACUGACCGUCUCACACGAAGGAGAAGAAUCUGAGUUUCUCUCCUUUUAUCUCUCCUUCUCUACCUACUGAUUUCACUCUCUCUUUUCUUCUCUCUUUCCUCUUUUCCCUGCCUGUUUGUUCGACUGUCUGUCUCUUAUCACCAGUUUGAGUCUCUCUCUGAUUCAAACAGGAGAGAAAAGAGAAAGAAAGACUCAGAGCUGCAGUUCCAUCUUUCUCUCCACCUGUUUCACUCUCUCGCUCUCUCUCUCUCACCUGCCUCUCU